GGAGAAAGUAGAGUCUCUGUUAACCCAUCUCACUAACAGUGAAACUUUCAUACACUAAUCUGCCUUCGUGAGCGCUUGGCGUGUAUGUGGGUUUUGAACUGGCACGUGUGGAUCAGCCAGACGGGGCAGGUGGGGAGUUCCACCUGCUGAAUGAACGCGGUCAGUAUUGGGGAGUACCAUGGGCUGCGGGUGGGCUCAGCCCUGCUCAGCAUUGUAGCAGGUUGUAUCAUCAUUGGUGUGUCAAAGGACUGUGAUGCAGAUGCUGUGGGGGGCAUCUUCCUCGGGGCAGGGGGACUUGGUCUGCUCAUUUCAGUCUACCCGUUCAUAAGAGCAUGGUUCAACUUCCAUCACAUACUGCCCAAUAUAGGCAACUUCAGAGUGCACCCAAUGGCUACAAAUUCAAAUCCAGCCCCCGAUCAGCCUGCAGCUACACUCACACGAGAGGGGACUCAAAGCCAGCUAAACAUAGAGCGUUCGAAGAGCCGGAUGGGGACAUUUGUGGAGACAGCAGCUCCUACAGCAGCCGAGGGCUCACAGGAUGAUGGCCCUUCUGCAGAUGUUCCAGACAUCUUGGGCAGGCGGAAGUUUAAGUCACCAUCUUCUGAUCAAGACGCUUCAUAACGGCUGGAUCCAACAGAGUCUCAUUAAAGAGCAAACAGUAUUCAUUUCACAAUAAGCAAGGCUGAUCUCUGCUUACAGCUCAUUAUGGUAUCCUAUCUGAUUUCAUUCGUUCAAGCAAGGUGUCUGCUCUAAUGAAAUAAUGUUUAAUGAAAGCAGUGAGAAAGCUGAAAAUCAAUGACGAACAACCAUGUGCUUAAAAGGAUGUCAUCAUGUACUCACUCUCAUGUUGUUCCAAACCUGUAUGAGUUUCUUCCUUCUGUGGAGAAUAAAAAAAAGAAGAUGUUAUAGAAAGAACGUUUGAGCUGUAUUUGUCGAAACAAUGCAAGUCAGUGAGUUCCAAAACAAUACUGGCGUCCAAACGCCAUUUUUCAGAGCGUGGUCUGCUCCUGAAUUUCUCGCAGAACA